UUUGCAGUUGUCGUCGGAAGUGGGGGAAGUAACAACUGGGGGCUUGUCUGUGUAUCAAACUGCUUGGUUUUACAUUACAUUUCUAAAUUCACCUGGUUUUAUUACCCCUCUUGAAGUAGGGUUUUAUUAUGCAUCGAUCCAAAGGUAUUGCUUCUAUGGGUUCCAAAAGGAGAAGGGCAACAUCUCCUUCCAGUAGUGUAAGUGGGGGGGACUUUGAUGAAGGACAGACUUCAAGCUCAACCCCAGUGAGUGGCAGAAAGCGGAGAAGAGCAUCUAAUAUCCCAACUGUCGAUCCAGUAAGUGGAUUUCACAGUAUUGUUCCGCCUUUACAAAGAGACAAUGAGAACAGCGGACGGAAAAAGAUUGCAGUUUGCCAUGAACUGUAUAAUACCAUCAGAGAUUACAAAGAUGACCACGGAAGACUUCUAUGUGAACUCUUUAUAAGAGCUCCAAAACGAAGGAACCAGCCAGACUAUUAUGAAAUUGUCACUCAGCCCAUUGACUUGAUGAAAAUACAACAAAAAUUGAAAAUGGAGGAAUAUGAUGAUGUUGAUCAGCUGACUGCAGAUUUUCAGUUGUUGUUCAACAAUGCGAAGAGCUACUACAAGUCGGACAGCCCGGAGUACAAAGCAGCCUGCAGACUGUGGGAUCUGUACCUGAGAACAAAGAACGAGUUUGUUCAGCGAGGAGAUUAUGAGGAGGAUGACGAGGAUGGGGAGGACACACAGGAAAACCCUGGAACAUCUACUGAGGAGGAGACUCCGCAAAGCUGUUUAAAAGAGAUUCUGGAGCAGCUUCUUGAAGCUGUGGUCACUAGCACUGAGCCUUCUGGACGUCUGGUCAGCGAGUUGUUUCAGAAACUGCCCUCUAAAGUGCAUUACCCAGACUAUUAUGCAAUCAUUAAAGAGCCAAUAGAUCUUAAAACAAUUGCUCAGAGGAUACAGGGUGGGUUGUAUAAAAGCGUGACUGCAAUGGCCAAGGACAUUGAUCUUUUAGCAAAAAAUGCCAAAACAUAUAAUGAACCAGGAUCCCAAGUUUUUAAGGAUGCAAACACCAUCAAGAAAAUUUUUAUUCAGAAGAAAACCGAAAUUGAGCAUGCAGAGCCUACUAAAUCGAGUCUUCGAAUCAGAAACAGGAGAUCUGCUCAAGGGGACCGCCUGUCGGCAAUAACCAUGGCUUUACAGUACGGCUCUGAGAGCGACGAGGAUGCGUUUCUAGCUGGAGCUGUCCGUUAUGAUGAAGGGGAGUCUGAAGUAGAGAGCAUGAGCUCCUGCAUGGAGAUGUCCAACCCCAUCUUCCAGCUCUAUGAGGCAGUCCGAGGUGGUCGCAACAGCCAAGGACAGCUAGUAGCAGAGCCCUUUCUCCAGUUACCUUCCAGGAAGGAAUAUCCAGAUUACUACCAACAAAUCAAACAGCCAAUCUCCCUUCAGCAAAUAAGAAACAAGAUGAAGAACAAUGAAUACGAGAAUCUGGAUCAAGUAGAUGCAGAUCUGAAUCUCAUGUUUGAAAACGCCAAGCGCUACAAUGUUCCGAACUCUGCCAUCUACAAGCGAGUCAUGAAGCUACAGCAGCUCCUGCAGGCGAAGAAAAAGGAGCUUGUGAGGAGAGACGAGACUGAGGACGGAGACAGCAUGCUCUCUUCAGCCACAUCCGACACAGGCAGCGCUAAGAGGAAGAGCAUCAAGAAAAAUGCAAAGAAGCAUCGGAUGAAAAUCCUGUACAGUUCAGUUACAGAGGCCCGUGAGCCUGGCUCAGGCAGGCGGCUGUGUGAUCUCUUCAUGGUCAAGCCCUCCAAGAAGGACUAUCCGGAUUACUAUAAAAUCAUCCUAGAGCCCGUGGACCUAAAAACAAUUGAGCACAACAUUCGCUCAGAUAAAUACCUUAGUGAGGAGGCCUUGAUCGAGGAUAUGAAGCGGAUGUUCCGCAAUGCACGCCACUAUAAUGAGGAAGGCUCCCAGGUAUACAAUGAUGCCAUCAUUCUGGAAAAAUUAUUGAAGGACAAGAGAAAAGAACUGGGAUCAUUACCUGAAGAUGAAGACAUGGCUUCCCCAAAACUGAAAAUAAGCAGAAAAAGUGGUGUUUCUCCCAAGAAGUCAAAGUACCUGACCCCUUUGCAGCAGAAACUAAAUGAGUUGUAUGAAGCUGUGAAGAACUACACAGACAAGAGGGGCCGUCGCCUGAGCGCCAUCUUCCUGAGGCUGCCUUCCAGAGCGGAGCUCCCUGACUACUAUGUGACCAUCAAAAAGCCAGUUGACAUGGAGAAGAUCAAGAGCCACAUGAUGGCCAACAAGUUCCAAGAUGUAGACUCCUUGGUGGAAGACUUUGUGCUGAUGUUUAACAAUGCUUGUACCUACAAUGAGCCAGAGUCUCUUAUUUAUAAAGAUGCUCUUGUGCUCCACAAGGUCCUGUUGGAGACUAGAAGGGACCUGGAAGGAGGGGAAGAGUAUCAUGUCCCCAAUGUGAACCUUCUGAUACAGGAGUUGAUCCACAACCUGUUUGUGUCUGUGCUGAGCCACCAGGACGAUGAAGGGCGCUGUUACAGUGACUCUCUGGCAGAGAUUCCUGGAAGAGACCCUGCUAACCCCAGCCAACCACCCUUAAACUUUGAAAUCAUCAGAAGGAACAUUGACAACAACCGUUACAGGAGGCUUGAUGUGUUCCAGGAACAUAUGUUUGAAGUUCUGGAGAAAGCAAGAAGACUCAACAGAACGGAUUCAGAAAUUUACGAGGAUGCUUUAGAGCUGCAGCAGUUCUUCAUUAAAAUCCGAGAUGAACUGUGCAAGAACGGGGAGAUCCUGCUGACUCCAGCACUCAGCUAUACAACCAAGCACCUCCACAAUGACGCAGAGAAGGAGAAGAAGGAAAAACUACCAAAAGAGAUGGAAGAAGAUAAACUGAAGAGGGAAGAAGAAAAGAAAGAAGCUGAGAAGAGCGAUGAUCAUGCUGGAGGUGCUUGGCAGUCUGGUCUUCAGCGCACAUACAGCCAGGACUGCAGCUUUAAGAACAGCAUGUAUCAUGUGGGAGACUAUGUGUACGUGGAACCAGCAGAGCCAAACCUGCAGCCUCAUAUAGUCUGCAUUGAGAGGCUCUGGCAGGAUGAUACUGGUGAGAAGUGGUUGUAUGGUUGCUGGUUUUACAGACCUAAUGAAACAUUCCACCUGGCAACACGCAAGUUCUUGGAGAAAGAAGUAUUUAAGAGCGAUUACUACAGCAAAGUCCCUGUCAGCAAAAUACUUGGAAAGUGUGUGGUUAUGUUUGUAAAGGAAUACUUUAAGCUUCAUCCUGAGGGCUUUAGGGGUGAGGAUGUGUUUGUUUGCGAGUCCCGUUAUUCAGCCAAGACCAAGUCUUUCAAGAAAAUCAAAAUGUGGACCAUGCCUCUAAGUUCUGUGAAGUUUGUCCCUCGUGACGUGCCAUUGCCAGUGGUUCGGGUUGCUUCAGUGUUCGCCAGUGCUAAUAAACAUGAAGCGGAAAAGCCUUCUGAAAUGACAGACGAAACCAAAGGCAUGGAUUGCAAUGGCAUCAUUGAUAAGGAGAAAGAAGAUGUACCUGUGGACAUGCCCAAUGGGGAGCCUGGCUGUAUAUAUUAUGAACAGCUCCAUUACAAUGAAAUGUGGAUGAAGGUCGGAGAUUGUGUCUUUAUUAAGUCCCAUGGCUUAGUACGUCGUAGAGUGGGAAGGAUUGAGAAGAUGUGGGUUCGAGACGGUGCUGCUUAUUUCUUUGGCCCUAUCUUUAUCCACCCAGAGGAGACGGAGCAUGAGCCAACCAAAAUGUUCUACAAAAAAGAAGUGUUUCUGAGUAACCUUGAAGAAACCUGCCCUAUGAACUGUGUACUAGGGAAAUGUGCUGUGUCCUCGUUUAAGGACUACCUCUCUUGCCGACCCACUGAAGUACCGGAAGAUGAUGUACUGCUCUGUGAGAGUCGCUACAAUGAAAGCGACAAGCAGAUGAAGAAGUUUAAAGGCUUGAAACGCUUCUCCCUCUCUGCAAAAGUCAUAGAUGAUGAAAUCUAUUACUUCAGAAAGCCGGUUGUACCUCAGAAGGAGCCUUCUCCGCUGCUGGAGAAGAAGAUUCAAGAGCUGGAGGCGAAGUUUGCUGAGCUAGGAGCUGACGAUGACAUGGAUAUUGGGGAAGAGGAGGGUGAGGUUAUUGAAACUCCAACUCUGCCUCAGCUACAAACUCCUAUGGCCAACGAACUGGACAUAAUGCCAUAUACUCCACCCCAGUCCACUCCGAAAUCCGUUAAAGGCAGCAGUAAGAAGGAAGGCUCCAAGAGGAAGAUCAACAUGAGUGGUUACAUUCUCUUCAGCAGCGAGAUGAGGGCAGUUAUAAAAUCCCAGAACCCGGACUUUUCUUUUGGCGAGCUCAGUCGACUGGUGGGAACUGAAUGGAGAAAUCUGGAAGCAACCAAGAAGGCAGACUAUGAAGAGCGGGCAGCAAAGGUGGCAGAGCAGCAAGAGAGAGAGCGUGCAGCUCAGCAGCAGCAGUCUGGUUCUCCUCGGGCAGGUACCCCAGUCAAUGCAUUAAUGGGAGUGGUGCCUCCCCCAACCCCCAUGGGAAUGCUAAAUCAAAAUCCUGUGUCAGGCAUGAUGGGUGGCUAUGGGCUGCCUAUGCAACCCUUACAAGGCCCAGUUGAUGGCAUGUUCAGCAUGGGCAGCAUGCAGCCACAUCACCUUGGGGUUUCUCCUUUACCCCACCAUCUUCAGCCAGGUAUGCCAGGCAUCCCAGGCCUGUCUUUUUCGGGUGUAAACUCCAUGGGAGGAGGUCCAGCAGGUGCAUAUGGACAGAUGGGCAUGCAUGGGCAGGGCCAGACGGCUCCACCUCCCUACCCAGGUCAGACAGGGCAGCCAGCACUGCAGCAGCCGUCCACGCCAAUGUUUGUGGCACCUCCUCCAAAGACACAGCGCUUACUGCACUCUGAGGCCUAUCUAAAGUACAUCGAGGGGCUUAAUUCUGAGACUGGGACUGUUAGCAAAUGGGACCAGACACUUACAGCACAAAGAAAAGAUGUCCACCUGACGAGAGAGCAGGAGGGCCGCCUGCCUGCUCAUUGGUUAAAGAGUAAGGGGGCUCACACUACCAUGACCGAUGCACUGUGGCGUCUACGAGACCUGAUGCUGCGAGAUACUUUAAAUAUCCGCCAUGCUUACAACAUAGAACAUGCUUAGCACAUGCCUCCUUCAAUUCAUGCUUCAUACAUGAUGUGUGGAAAUGUUACAGAAAGCAGCCAUUUUUAUUGUCUAAUAUAAAAACAAUUCUGUGAGGUUUUUAUAUGAGAUGCCCAAAAAAAUAAGCUUGGAUUUGACUUUUUUUUUUGUCUGUUUUUUAUUUUUUUGUGUGUGUUUGCUGAGGCAAUGACCUUUUAAUUUUGUUUUGUUUUAUUUUUUUUUACUGAUGUUAUGGUUCUUACCUGGUUAACUUUGUGGAAAUACUCUGUUUGUUGUAUUGAACCUCAUCUGAACACUUUACUAUAAAAAGCUUGAUGAGAAAAGCCA